UCUGUGUUGUCUGUGUUUUUUAGAAAGACCAUGUUUGCCACCACAAUCUCUAGAAUGUGCUGAUGCUCCCAGGCUGGAAAAUCCAAACUUGAAGAUUGAAAGAGAAGGCAAAACAAUGUAUCUGGCUGGUGCUAGAUUUCAUUAUGAUUCUCAGUCUGGAUACAAGUUAGGUGGACCAACAGAGAUAAAUUGUACUAUGGGAAAAUGGACUGCACCUCCUACAUGCUUGGAAAUGCCAUGUGGAAGUGUUCCAGAUGUUGCCAAUGCUCAGAUUGAAGGCAGAAACAAGACAUUGUAUGAGCCUGGUGAAUCAAUUCGCUACUAUUGUAAUUCAGGGUUCCCGAUGAUUGGCGACCCUGAAAUCUUCUGCAGAAAAGGAAACUGGACAGCACCACCCUUCUGUGAAGAUGUCAGCUGUGGAGCCCCCCCUAAAAUCUCCAAUGGGCGCAUUGCAGGCACUCUGCAGGAGAGGUACCUGCCCGGUGCCAGAGUGCGCUAUCAGUGUGAAAGCAAUUUUCAGAUGAUGGGUGGAAAUGACAUCAUUUGUUCAAAUGGUCAAUGGUCACAAGCACCAGUUUGCAGAGGAGAAGGUGGGAGAUGUGGCAGUCCUCCAACUAUUCGAAGUGGAGAUUUUCUUGGCCUAGACAAGAAAGAAUAUCAACAAGGUGAUACUGUGGAGUACAAAUGCCCAGAUUUCUAUAUCUUGAAAGGACCUCCAAAAAUCACCUGUUUCAAUGGGCUAUGGACAAACCCCCCAGUUUGUGUAGGUARGUGGAAGCAUGGUGGGUGCUGGGUGGCCAAAGGCUGUGUGACUGCUCCUCUUGUCCUUUUCUCAGACCCUGAGGGCAGCACUGGUGCUGGGGCCAAGAUGCUGGCAGGGCAGAGUGGCAGUGAGUCCUCCUUUUGUCCCAAAGGAGUUUCUUCCUGCAGUCAGCUUGUGUAGUCCCCUCUGCUGCCA